AUGUCCUUCCAGCGUAUUGGCCUGCGCCUUGCGCAGCAGCAGCUACGAUCGCCUUCUUUUCGACCCCUCUUCCGAUCCACCUUCCAGCGACGUCUCGCGAGCAGUGGUGUCCCAAGCCCACCAGGCCAAGGAACAAGCAAACUCGUUGGAACCGCCGACAAUGCCUUCAAUCGUGAACGAGCUGCCGUGAAAGCCCAUGCUGCUGCUACAAGUGACCUCUGGCGUAGACUCUCGAUCUACGUCGUCAUCCCAUGCCUAAUCCUGGCAAGCAUUAACGCCUAUAACCUGUGGAACGAGCAUUGGGAGCAUUGGAGUCACAUGCCCCCUCUAGAAGAGCGCGUUGAAUACCCCUACCAAAACCUUCGAACUAGAAACUUCUGGUGGGGAGAUGGUGACAAGACUCUCUUCUGGAACGAGAAGGUCAACUAUCACAGGAAGGACAAGCAGACCUAA